AUGACGUCCGCUCCGGCGGAUUCGUUUGGCGGAGAGCAUUCGAAAACGUUCGUCUCGACGCUGGCCGGAAGCAGCGGGGCGGCUCCUGCACCCUUGUUCGCGGAGACUGGAGCUCUUGUGAGCGGUUUCGACCUCUCGCGUGAAGCAGAACAGCGAGAACGCCCUCUGUGGGCGCAACUCUUCGACCAGCCCGCCACAACGUAUGGGUUUACGGACGUGGAUCCGUUUCUGCUCCCCGAGGGCGCCGUACUGGUGCCGUUUGAGACGCUGGAGAAGCCUCGACACGUUGCCGAGGGAGAGGCUCCGCGCCCUGAGGCGUUGCACCUCUACGGAGUGGAUCGUUUAUCCACGCGAGACUUGAAACGUUAUUUCGUGGAGAACGAGUGCAUCGAGCCGAGCUGGAUAGAGUGGAUCAAUGACUCCUCGUGUAACGCUGUUUUUGCGGAUGAGCAUACCGCGAACUGGGUGCUCGCUCGGCUCAGCAUAGGUCCUCCGAUGGAACCCGAUGUUCUGCGUGCGGAGGAAGAGCGCUGGCUUGGUAUUCAGCAGUCGUCGAUGGCGGAGCAUCAGCGCCGAGAAGAAACUGCGCAGCAUGAUCCUGAGCUGAAGAAAGACGCAGCGGAGGUAGAGGCGCCUGUUUCGCGGAUGAACGACGAUGCGGAGCAACCGAGCAUGCUUGCCGCUACAGAGCCGCAGCAACCUCUGCAGGAUGCCGCAGCGUCAGCGAGCAACGAGCACUCCCCGAAACAGGGCGCGUUGACUGCUCCUCCGGCGUCUGCAACAAACCUGAAGCCAGAGACGGGUUCGGUUUUCAUGCCUGCUGCUGAUCCGCUGCUGUGGUGGCGACCUGCACGACCCUUCCCGUCAUCGCAUAAUACCUGGCUGCCUUUACGUAUCCGCCGAGCGACGGUAGUCGACGUGCGGCCGGAGCGCCCAAACCCCCAGAGCGCCUGGAGUCGUUCGGUGAGGCAGCCCCGAAAGCAACAACGUCGUCGUUCGUAUCCGGAGGAGUCUCGAAAGCGGGUGCCUCGAGAGCGGCGUUUUUCUGCCGCAGGAGCUGCUGGGCGCAUCCAGGGCCGCAUCCAAAAGGGACACAGGCGUCAUCCGGGGAAGGCAAGGCGACCUCUUCGGUCGAGCAUCUCUCGGGCAGAUGCACUGGAAUCCAGUGCGAAGCAGCGUGAAUCGAAGCCCUCACAGCACGCGCGAGAGGAUGCCUCCUUGUAA